AUGGCACCACUGAACCAGGCGGCUUGGAUUCCCGCCAAAAAGGUCCUGCCAUUUGAAGUCGGCGAUGCGCCCUACACGCGCCCUGGGUCGGGCCAGGUCGUGGUCAAGAACCUCGCCGUGGCCAUUAACCCUUUCGACUGGGUGCUGCAGUACAUUGGUCCAGCGCUUGCUAGCCAUAUCAGCUAUCCUUUCAUCUUUGGUACCGAUGUUGCUGGUGCAGUCGUCGAGAUUGGCCCCGAUGUGGAGCGUUUCCGCGUGGGUGACCGAGUCUGCGGUAGUGCUGCGGCCAUUGCGAAAGAGGUCAACAGCCCGGCCGAAGGAGCGUUCCAGCUCUAUACAGUAAUGCGACAGAACAUGUUAACGCCGAUUCCACCCAACAUCACCGAUGAACAGGCCUGUGUCUUGGGGCUAGGUCUCGGGACUGCAGCGUACGGUCUCUUCCACUCGAAUUAUCUGGGCCUCGACUUGCCUCAGAACCCGGCACCUACCAAAGCUGUGGGCAAAUCAGGCUCACUGCGCACUGUAAUUAUCACUGGCGGUGCUUCGAGUGUUGGUAGCAACGCCGUUCAGCUUGCUGUGGCCGCUGGCUACCAAGUCUUGUCUACGUCAUCUCCCAAGAACUUUGACUAUGUCAAGGGUCUUGGUGCCGCUCAAGUCUUCGACUACAGGAGCAAAACAUUAAUCAAGGAUCUCCUUGGUGCUUUGAAAGACCACGAGCUGGUCGGUGCCUACACAAUUGGCAAUGGUGCCGUUAAGACAUGCACCGCAGUUAUGAAGAAACAUGAUCCUAAACUCACCCGGAAGCUCAUUGCCGUGGCAGGCGCCAUCAUACCUGCGGAGAAGCUUACCACGUUUGUUGGCAAGGGUACUUACUUCAUGGGCAUGAUGGGCGGUAUGGUUAAAUCGGCUGGGACGCGCAUGAGAACCGGGGUCGAGGCCAAAUUCAUCCUCGUCAACGGCCUAGUUGACCCCGCUAGCGUCGUCUCUCAUAUCUACACGAAUUUCCUGCCACAGGCACUUGAACAGGGCCAGUUUGUGCCCGCUCCUCCUCCGUAUGUUGUGGGCAAGGGGCUGGACAAGAUUCAAGAGGCUCUCCAUCUUCAGAGAAUGGGUGUAUCCGGAAAGAAGCUUGUUGUGACGCUUUAG